AUGGGUGGCGGGGCGCUCGGCGCCUCCCGGGGAAGCCCGGGCUGCUGGGCUGCGUCUGGAUCACGCUGCGGCUCCCGGGCUGCGGGGAGCGCCGCCGGCGACUACAUGACCGCAGCUGGGCCGCAGGAGCGCGUCGCCAAGUUCACGGCCGCCGUGUCUGGGCUGCUGACAGGGACUCGCGCGCGCAGGGCCAUGCCCGCCGCGAUCCGCGCUCCGCGCUGCGCCCGAGCCGCCGGGACUGCGGCUUCUCUGGCUAAACCUGCCUCCGGGACGGAGCGGAGGAGACGGGCAGCCCGCGGAGCCAAUGGCAGCGCAGGCGCGCCGGUGGGCGGAGGCUACGGAGCCGCUGGCCGCGCGGGCGUCAGGUGGAGUGUGUGCCAAAGAUCACCAAGGAAGCAGGGAUGCUCAUUCCCACCAAAGAUGUGGGAUUCUGCAUUUUCAUAAGACAACCCCCCUCCCCAGUGAAUAAACAUUGGGUAUCUGGAAGCUGAGGGAGUGCUACAGAUGACCUUCUUUUGGAAAAUCAAAGAGAUGUUGUAAGGGGCAAACGGCAUGGCUCCAUAGAACCCAGAUAAAUGUGACUAACUGCAAUUGGGUCUCUCUGGACCUUGUGUUACUCUCCUGGAGACCAGCCACCUUGGAGCAACUUAGCGGCUGGACUAGACUAUGCGCAAGCUAAAAACAGCUGGGAAAACUGAGCUAAAAAAAAAAAUUAAAAAAAAAAAAAAAAGGAGACCACAUCCCCAGAGGAUUCUGUUCAAACAAAGUCCAGCAUAAUGACCUACUUCCCACAGAAGACUCCCACCUUUUGUAUCAGUCUUUCCUAAGAUGAAUAGUCACAUCUGCGAUUUUUGUUAUGCUUUCAGCAUGAAAAUGCUCUUUUAUUAUCACUCUCCAUGUUUCAAAAGGAUGUAUCCAAGACCCUUUGCCUGUUGGGUAAUAGAAGACAAGGGAAAAAACAAAACGUGGCCACUCCUUUUGGUUCGUUGUGACGGUUUGCUUUCAGAGUCAAACGCUUCCAUUUUCCAUUUUUGCUUUUUCGAUCAAUCUCCUUGACUUUGUCCACACUGUGUAUGUAGCAAGAAGACCCUUUCGCCAUGAACUCCAGCUAAUUGGAAAAGAAAUGAUGGAAGCAGUAACAUAGCAAACGCUUGCUUCCUCAAAGCCACAAGGCACGUGCAAACCCACGAGUGAUUUUUAAGGUAUUUGCUACUGGAGGAUAUGUGAUCUUGCCCUCUUUUCUUUCAGGGAGUGUAGUCUGCCAAACAACCAUGACAGAAAAAGCAGAAUCCAGUCUCUCGUCCAAAUCUAUUGGAGCAGACAAAAUUCCCAGAGGUUUUAAAGACAUAGGAAAGUUAGCAAACACCGAUCAGGUCCACUGGUUCUCAUCGAAACUGCACAUUAGAUUCACUUGGGACCUUUACCAAAUCCUGAUACUGAGUGCCACCCUGGGGAUGUUUAGUUGGCUUCGGAUGUGACCUCAGGGUUUAACGAGUUCCCUAAAUGGGAAGUGAUUGGUUUUUAGGGCUGAGGUCAUGGAAAUAAAAGGUGAGCCUGGAACAAUUCAUGGUGUCCAAGUUCAAGAGCUGCCCAAAGAAAGAUGGCAUCAGAAGGUGGAGGUACCAGCCUAAAGGAAAUCUUUGUGGCCAAGUCUGGGAGAAUUUGAACUCCAAACAAUGAUGCUGUUGUGUUUUAAAUCACAGGAUAAAAUAAAUAUCCAUGAGUCUCAAGUCUAAAUAAUUAAUGAACCACAAAAUAACUACAUAGGACAUUGUUCAGUGAGAACUGUUCUUACCUAGGGUGUAUGAGACCUACGUUUGAUCUCCAGCUCUGUGGUAUAUGCCUGUAAUCCCAGUGGAGGCAGGAAAAUUCAUACUUCAAAAAUGUAUUUAGCUAUGUAACAAGUUCAAGGUCAGUCUAAGAUGCACAAUACCUGUGUUUUGUUUUUUUAAAUGUAUUGAGAGAAACAGAAACUUCUUAAAACAGAAUUCCAAUAAAUUUUACUGAGAAAAGAGCAAUGAGAGAAAUAGAUAAUACAGCAAUGAUGUGGAAGGGUGCAAGGAUGGCAAGACUCAAAAAAAAAAUCUACUAAACUGUUCAGGCUGAAGUUUGAGGACAAUAAGAUUUGAAUAGACCCAGUGUUCUGCAGCAAGAUAGUCAUCAAUACAAAAUGAAGGAUAGUGACUUCACAGCAGAGGAAGCCAGCAGACACCAACUUAACCAUGUAAAUGAGCAUCACUAAUCAUAAGACAUGUAAACACCCAACCCAAUUGCUAGGAUAGACAACAUCAUCUCUCUAGUGCACGUAACAAAUACACACAGCCUCACUUCAUCAUGAGAACAUAUAGCAAACCAAAAUGAGGGCAUUAUAGAGAACUACUUCAAAAGUAUCCAGGUCACGGAAGAGAAGAAAUGUGUGAGGAGCUGUCACACAAACUCAGAAGCUACAAAGAAAUGGGAGAUCCUAGAACAGUAGAAAAUGACAUCAGUGAUGUCAUUUUGACAUCAAAUACAAGUUUUAAUCAAAUACAAGUUUGGGUAAAUGAUAUUGGGGCAAUUUAGUUUCUUAUUCUUGAUACUUAUGGUUAUAAUUAUGUCCUUAGAGGAAGCAGGGUUAGGGAUAUUAGGAACUCUGUACAUUUUAGAACUUUUUGUUGAGUGUAAAACUAGUUGAAAAUAUGUAAAUCAAAAGCAAAAUUCCCUCUGUAGCCUUUCAAUGACAUUUUCCUGUCUUGUUUUCAUCAAAAGGCCUUUUUUUUUUGGGGGGGGGGGCAGGAAUAAUUAUAUAAGAAGCAGUAUCAGUGAUACUGGCCAACAUCUGUACAGGAUAAUGUUCAUGGUAGGUGCUGCGGGAACACCAUUGGAGCAUCAACAUAAUAGCAGAUGUCUUUGGAACUGGGCCAUGGCCAUUGUGCUUUCUUUGUAAGAGUAUCUGUGUUACUAGGAUGUUUUGCUGCUGUGACAAAUAGCUCGGCAAAAACAAAUAUAAACAAGUGGGUUCGUUUUGGUUCAAGGUCUCAGAGGUCUUGGUUCAUUAUCGGCUAGCACUGCUGCUGUGCCCCUGUGGUAAGGCAGAAUAGCAUGGAUGCAAGAGAAUUUUGCAAAGCAAAAUUUGCAGCUCAGGGAAACUGGAAAGCACAGAGAGAGAGAGAGCAAUCAGAAGAGCCUACUUUCCCCAGUGAUGUCCUGCCUUCCAUAAUUUCACUACCUCCUGUAUGUUCAAAUUUUAAAUCCACCAGUAGAUUAAAGCAUUAAGAAAGGCCCUGUGACCCCAUCACCUCCUUAAAGCCCCACCUCUGAACACUGCAUUGGAGACCAAACCUUCACACAUAAGAGCCUUUUGUGGGGAGGUGGUACCAUAGCCAAACCAUAACAGCAUCCCAAUCUAUUCUUAAGCAAUUACCUACAUCUACUUGGACAGUCAUGGCUUUGUUAAUCCGGGAGUGAGAUGUUCUUGGAUUUUGAAUCUUGACAAGUAUAACUCGUUGACAGUACUCUUACUAGCUCCCUCUAGAGAUGGCUCACCCUCAGUUCUUUGCUGAGACCUUUCCUCCAGCUUUGUUUCUAAUCCUGUCAGACACCAAUGGAACGACCCCUACUAGCUAAAGUACUGCCACUCAUAAGCAAGGGAUUCUAAGAAAUAUGGGUAUACUGACCCAAAUCCACUGGUUUCCCCUCCAGCUGUGAAUAAACUCUGUAUAAACAAUUCAAUGUGUAUUAUGAUACUAAAGUUACAGAUGAGUCGUUGGCCUAAAUUCGGGUGCUGAUUCUAUACAAAUGUUAGGGAACAGUAUGUCAGGUAUGAGACAGAAUCCUUUUUCCUGGAGGUGGAAAUAUUAAGAUAAUCUACCGGCAAAAGAAAAGUCCUGGGAGAAGCAGAUCCUAGUACAACAUGAUGUUGGAACUGUCUGUCUGUCUUCCUACUCAGCGGUGAGAGUCUUGAGGGAUAAUCGAUAGUGGCUCUUACUUAUCUAGCAUCACAUGUGUGCUAAGCCGUAGUGCAAUGCCUGACAUGUGAUAGUUCAUAAGAAAUACUUGUGAAUGAAUUGAUAUUAUUGCUGCCAUAUGACAUUUAACAGCUUUACUGAAAAUGUGUGUUUAUUGAAACUGUUAGAUCCAUCAAUAUAAAACUUUCCUACAAGUCUAGGUUGAUGCAAAGAACCCACAGUUUUUUUGGAAGGGAAAACUUCUGUUUAUUCAGUAAGCCCAACCUGCUAGUGUGGAAGUUUCCUUUCACUGUUCGCCUCUUUAACCAGCCUUCUAAGUGUGGCUUGCAGGUGGUUAAGAAUAGGGUGGGAUCCUUGAGGAGCUCUUGAGACUAAGACUGUAAGAACUCCCUGCUGGGCACCAAGAAACCACUAAC